UGUUUGCCACCGUUGAUUCUGUCUCAGUGUCUCUUUAAGACUCAGAUUUCCUGAGGAAACCGCGCCUCACACCCCCAUAGCCGACCAGAAUCCGGGCCCAGCGCUCAGACACAGAACCCUGCAUACAGCUGUUGUUCCUCAGGAGCUCCAAACAAGUUCUAGAAAUGUCCAUCCCGACUCACCGCCAGUGCAGCGUGGAGAUUCAGAACAAGACGUCCAGCUUCACGCUGUGCGAGCCGCUCGUCCAUCUCUUCAGUGGGAACUGUGAGUCUCCUCUGCCUCCAACUCUCCGUCCGUCUGAAUCCGGCACCGCGCUCUUCGUCAAGACGCCCCACACGGCCUGCGGCUCGGUGGCCGUCUUCACCUACGACAUCCUCCAGGGGUCGAACAAGCAGAACCGCGGCCGGCUGGCCGUCAUGUUCUCCGUCCCCUACGACUUCAACAUCUACUCCAACUGGUACGCCGUGGGAGCCUUCAGCAAGGACAAACUCUGCGAUGAGGCGCUCUACAAGGAGAUGUACUACGAUUCACAGCGAGGUUUUGUUCGAGGGAAAGCCAAAGGGCCCAGUCUGAUCCACAGAGCGGGUCAUGUGACCAUCAGGGCCUGCAUGUCCGACAGCUACCAGCCCGUCCUGAAGGUGGAGCUCUGCGACAACUGAGACCGGCUGCUUCCUCCUGUCCAGUUUAUCCAGUUUACCCUGCAUGAGCAACACUGGAAUCCAGUUAAUCUAUUUCAGUUUAACCAGUAAAGGCUUCUUCUUCUUCUAUCUCAACAUAAUCAUCAAUAGCUGCAUUUAUUCCAGGUAUCCUGUGCUUAAGCUAAGCAAACCAGUUACCCUGCAAGAUGUCUGUCCACUCUUCCCAGUUGAAAAGGUUAGCAUGGUAUGAACUUAAUCUGAGAUUGACCCAGUAUCGUCACAUCAACCCCGACAUUUUCUGUUCAAUGAUGAGUCGUCUACAAAACCCGGAAGUUCAGCAUUUCUAAAUCGGAUUGAAAAACUCUGAAUGUUCCUCUGAAUCUUUAAAACACCAAAGAAUCUCCAACUGGUCCAGCGGCCAAGUGAAAACAUUCCUAAAAACUCAAAACUACUAAAAGAAAGACUUGGAAAAGAUUCUUACAGAUUUGAACAUCAGCUAAAAUGUGGAUAGAGUUUAAUCACAACUGACUAAUAAAAAUGAGUUGGAUGAAA